AUGUCUGACGCUAGCCGCAAGGACAUCUCCGACAAGAUCGCCGACAAGGUCACUCCAGACAAGUCCAAGUCCACUGUCGACAAGGUCGGCGACAAGACCAGUGGUGCUGCCGACAAGGUUGCCCGCGACGCCGUCCCAGACUCCCAAAAGUCGACCACCCAGUCCGCCGCCGACAAGGUCUCCCGCACUGGCGACGAGAGCGACAACAUGUUCCACCACCACCAUCACGCCGACAAGAAGAUCGACAAGAAGGCCGACCACAUCGAUAAGAAGGCCGACAUCAGCGACAAGAAGGCCGACAUUGCCGACAAGAAGGCUGACAUCGCUGACAAGAAGGCCGAUCUCAAGGCCGACAAGAAGCCUUGA